AUGUUGGAAGGAUGGUUGGAAGGAGCGAGUGGGGAGGAACCGGUGGGGGAGCUCGAGGUGGUGCUGGGGAACUGCGCGAAGGAGGGUCGGGAGCUGGCGAGGAGGGAGCAUCGGGAGCGGGUGGAGCGGAUGGCGGUCUUGGUGGGAAGGGUGCAGGAUCUGGAGGCGUUGCCGGUGAUGGGGGACGAGGAGACGGCCGAAUGGACGCGGACGACGGAGGAACUUAGGCGAGCGGUCAACGAGCGCGCGCGCCAACUUCGGAUCCGAGCCCACGUACCCGAAAUCGCUACCGAGGAACGACUGUCGCGGCCGGUCCACGCCAAGCUCGCGGCACGGAGUUCGGAUUCCAAGAUCACAGCACUGCGAUUGCCCAACGGAGAGCUGACACAUGACAUUGACGUCGCGCUUGACCACACACAGGCGCACUUUCAGCGCCUCUACGAUCUCGAGCCGCGCGAUCGGGACCACGUCGAGCGACUUAGGGACGAUUUCUUGGCGCCGAUCAGGUCGGCGCGCACUUGCGAUGACCCGAGCUCGGACCCGCUCUUUCUGCGACGACUCUCGGAAGCGCACAUCGAGCUGCUGCAGCAACCCAUCACCGAGGACGAGGUCGUAGCCGCAAUCGCAACAACACACCCCGGUCGAUCGCCGGGUCCAUCUGGCGUGCCCUACGAGCUCUAUCACACAGCGCCGCGGGCGUGGGCCAAGGCGCUGAGCAGGGCCUUCAACGCGAUGACCGAGCGCGGCUCGCUUUCACCGAAGCAGGGGCAAGGACUCGCUCGCCUGCUCUUCAAGCACCACAAGAUCGGGGCCGAUCGCGCCGAGCUCUCGUCGUACCGGCCCAUCACCUUGCGCGAGUGCGACUACAAGCUCUUCACCAAGGUCUACGUUGCGCGACUCAACCACGUGCUGCCGGACCUGCUCCCACCGCAACAGCACGGCUUCGUCAAGGGCCGCCGAUCGGCGGACGCGUCAUUCCACCUGCGACUCUUGAUCGAAGAGCUGGGCGCGCGCGGCACCGAGUUCCCUGACGCGGCGCUCUUGUCUCUUGACCAAUCGUCGGCUUACGACCUCGUCGAGCACGAAUGGAUCUUCGCCAUCUUCGACGCUCUCGGCGCUCCUGCCGCCUUCCAACGCGUUCUGAGGAUGCUCUACUCGGGUGACUCAACCACGGCGCGAUAUAUCAUCAACGGCUUCUUGACUCCGCCGGUGCGGCUGACGUGUGGGCUCGGCCAAGGGGACCCGGCGUCGUCGUCGGUCUGGGAUGUCGUGUUCCAGCCGUUCCUGGAUGCUCUGCACCGUCGAGGCAUCGCGCUGAACCUCUCGCUUCCUACCAUUCACCCCUACCCACAGAGCCGCGCCAUUACAUCCCUUGCGUUUGCCGAUGACGUCGUCGUCGCUGUCGCGGGCUCGGAGUCACUCAACUUGCUCGACGACCUGGCGCUCGACUGGAGGCUCGCAACCAAUGGCCGGCUCAACACCGACAAGACCGUCGUACUACCCAUCGGGUGUCGCUGGGAGGCUGGCGAUCGUCCGCUCGUCGUCAAGGCCGAGGGCGAGUCGCUCGAGUGGAUCGGCCUAUCUUUCGACCCCACCGGCAACACCGAACUCGCCAACGUGAAUCUCGUCGCACGGCUCGAAGCGGUGCUCGAUUCGGCACGGGACCGAGGGCUCACACACCACACCCGAGCGUUCUACGUCAACCGAUACGCCAUUCCCAAGAUUCUGCACAUCCUCUCCGCCGACAUCCCACCGCUCGAGGUCGUCAAGGAGCUUGAUCGCAUUCUCGCCGACUUUGUCCGCGGCGGCAAGAGGAGGUCGUGCUAUGGCAAGGACGUCGUCUUCACACCGAGGUUCAAGGGGGGUCUUGGGGUCAUGCGGAUGCAGGACGUCGUCGACUCGGUUGCGGCACGCGUCUGGGACGUGCUUCUUGGCGGUUCGGAUGCGAUCUGGCAGGGACUUGCGCGCGCGGCGAUUGUACGAGCCCAUCCCGCCCCCGACUUUGACUUGGCAACCGAUGCGUGGCCUUGCGACUACACUCCGAUCCGAACCGAUCUACACCCAAGAUGGCAGGCCGUGCUGAAGGUACCAUCGACGCACAAUGCGCAAGUCAAGCCGAGGACGUUGACGCUCGCGAACCUUCUCGCUCUUCCGAUCAAGUUGCACACCCUUCACUACCUACCGGGAGCACCAGCUGUGUCGCGACCACCCUACGACGCCGACUAUGCUGCGUUUGCCAUUUACGCCAAGGUAGCGGACCUGUUUCGACGCGAGCUGUACCCGGGCGGGGGCUUUCAUCUCUGGACGCCGCCGACGGAUGUGGUCGUCAGCAACAGCGAAUACGAUCAACGGGGCCGCCCACAACGAGAGCACAUCGUGGCAUGGUACCGACAUGCGAUCAAUCGAUUGAGGUUCACACCAAUAGCUCAACCGGUGGCGGCAGUACGAAUCAACGGGCCUCCCCGAGUCCGCCCCACCACGCCGCUCGAGUCGAUCCUGCCCCAUCCGAUCGACCCGCCGCAGCGCCUUCCGAGACCGGCUCUCCCAGACCAAUCAACACAAUACAACUUGCUCAGCAUGGAUCGGCCAUACACCAUCCGUCGCGUCCGCCGAGUCUUGAAUGCAAAGGCCUUCACCGACACGAUCGGUUUCAGGGACUCGCUGCAGCCCGACGAUCUCAAGGGAUUCUGGAAGGGGGUCAACUCGAAGGCAUUGACGGCGAGGGAACGCGAGGUGUGGUUCAAGCUCGUCAGGAACUUCACCCCGACUCGGAGUCUGCAGUUUCAUCAAAAGCACGACGACUCGCCCGCGUGCCUCGUCUGUGGAGCGCCCAAGGACGAUCGGGAGCACUACUUCUUCGACUGCGUUGACUCUAGGAACGUUUGGAUCGCGGCAAGGGGCGUGCUCUGCGACGCACUGGGGCUCGACACGAUCGACAACACGCAUUACACGGCCGUUCAACGCAUGUUCGGACUUCCGAAGCUCAAGGCCAGUCUGCGCGAUCAAGAAGGAGCGGGGAGGACGAUCGAAAUAUUCACCGGGCUGGUCUUGGAGAUGAUCAGCAGCGGGAGGUGGGGGAUGCAGAAGUGGGGGACGAGGAUGGAGGGUGUUGGGAGGAGGAGGAUAAUCUUGGAGGAGAGGUUGAAGCUGAGGGCGGGAGGAGCUUGGGGGAGGAGAAGGCAGUAG